AGACCUGGCGCCUCUCUUUCUCUCACACUGAAAAAUCCAUUUUGAAGAAUCACGGAAUGGGAAAAACAUGUUGUGAAUCUUCUGGAGCAAAAUGUUGCAGGAAAGAAUGUUUAAAAUUAAUGAAAUGCCUUUUGGAACAGUUGAAAAAAGAGUUUCAAGAGCUAGAUGCAUUCUGUUCUUACCAUGUGAAAACUGCCAUCUUUCACCUGUGGACCCAGGAGCCCCAGGACAGUCAGUGGGACCUCAAGAAUCUAAACUCCUGCUUUGAUAAGUUUCUGACAUUCUUUCUUGAGUGCCUCAGGACAGAGAAACUGGACCAUUAUUUUAUUCCAAAGUUCAAUCUAUUCUCUCAAGAACUAAUUGACCAAAAAUGUAAAAAAUUUCUGUCACAGAUAAUUGAACAUGAAAGAAAUAAUGGAUUUCCAAUAUUUGGAAAGCUUUGAAACUA